AUGGUUUCAAUAGAUUAUAUGCAAAACUUCUCGAAUAACCAACAGCAUCCUCUCACAAAUGAAACGUUUUCCCAAAUCGUGGAACUGAACCACCAUGCCACAUUUCUGUCGUUGUACCGCACCUUGGUGGAGAAACGGCUUCACACCCCUGAUAUUGGUGGAACGGCUAAGACAAGUGACGUCGUGAAGUCUGUAUUGGAAUUCAUCGCAGAGGAAAUGGAAGAGCACAAAUGGCGAGCCAGAUAA